GCCACAGCAUUUUCAUUCCUAAACUAACUUCUGCAGUGAACGAUGCGGAAAACGUGUAGAUUUUUGUGAAUAUAUAUUAUUUCUAGUAUUAUCUGUUCUCAUCGGUCCUGUCCGCAGAAUAUAUAAUAUUUCUUUCGUCCAGUUUCGUAAAUUACUCGUGGUGUCGUUAGGAUAGUAAGCACCUGGAAAAAUAACCACAAAAGUGAAAGAUAUUGGUUAGAAAUAUCAGCGGUUGUUUUUGAAAAUGGAAGUGAUCCUUGGUCGUAGCACCAGGCUGAUCAGCACCCUGGGGCUUGGUCCGACGUUUCUAACGAAAAACUUCUUGGAAUCAGUGCGUUUCAUACGAUGCACCGAUCCGAAACGCUGGAAAUUUAAGCUUUCCGAACGAUACCCGCGUUACGGAAACUUCUCGUGUAACUCUGUCCCACUUUUUAAUCGUAUUACCACAAAUCAACUGCCCUAUAGGUAUAAUAUCGCUAAAUGUAGUAUACCAGUCACGCACUAUUGUGGCUCUAAGCAAACUGAUAAAAAUGUUCCUGCAUAUCAGCCGCAAAAGCUGUCGAUAUUCGCGAAGAUGAAACAGAUGACCAAGGACUAUUGGCAUGUCUUAAUACCAGUGCAUGUGGUCACCUCCAUUGGUUGGGUGGCUGUGUUUUAUGCAACAAUUAAAAACGGUGUUGAUAUAGUUAAAAUAAUGGAAUUCCUACAUUUUGGUCGGGACUAUUUAGACAUGGUGCGAAAUUCCAGUGCAGGCAACUGGGCCUUAACAUAUGCUCUAUAUAAGAUAUUUACACCCCUUAGAUAUACGGUGACAGUAGGACUCACAACAAUGGCUAUCGGACGGCUGAGCAAAUUAGGAUAUGUGAAACCACUGUCGUUCGGCAAACAACGACAAAUUAUACCCAAGGCUGCAUACGAUGCAAUGUACGAAAGGGUCAAGUGAAGAUAAGAAAAUGCACAAAACCACGUUGAAGACAGGAGGAGAAACGGAACCCCCGAAAACAUAGCGAAAGAUGAAAUCACGAUGUUAAUCUACUUUUGAUUGGAUCUUUAGGUUUUCGGGUUUGGCUCGCUGCUAAGCCAGAAUGUGCGAACGGAUGUAUAUUGCCUGUUGUAAAUGUAUAAUUUUACUGUGUUACAAUAAAAAACGAUCACGAAU